AUGGAGUAUCGUGCUUCAAUCAUUGGGCAGAUUCAUGGGGUUAUGAGGGACUUCCUGAAUUCAUUUGACUCUUCGACACCAGUUCCAGCAAUUAGGAUCGUUGGUGAAACACCUAACAGCAUUCUUGAUCAUUCCGAGUUUCUGAAAUCAAUCGGAACGAUUGUCGACCCGGUCCAAAAGGCCGUUGCUGCCUGCUGCCCAGACGUUAAAACUCGUUGGAUUGCUGUAAAAAAGUUUGAAGGGCGCCGCUCCUUUUUCGUCCUCGACCUCAACAAUGUCGGAUAUGACUAUGCCACUGCUCAUAAGUGUCUAACUAAAGUCCCUGUCUAUAUUCUUCGGUUAUCCAAAAAGCCCAAAAUUUUCAGACAUGGGCCUCAGGACCAAAAGCUGACAGAGAGUCUUGCAGAAAUGCACAAUUUGCAUGGGGAAAGGCUACUGCCUUUAUUUGACGAUUACACCGGACCUCGUGUGUAUGAGUCUCCACGUUAUCUACGGGCCUGA